GAGCUCACUUGUCCUUUUCUCUUCUAGGUAUCUUAUAGCUAACCGAGCUAAGAUAUUAUUGAGAGUCAAACUGAUCAAUCGACAAGACGAUCCAUCUAUCGAACAAGAAGCUAGCUACGAUUAGUUUUGAAUGUUGGAGAACAUCAAUAUGGCUCAACAUGAAGAAGAAGCAAUUGAUUCAAAUGGGUUUCUUCAAAAUCCAAACCCAGUUGCUGUACUUGGAUCCAAUCCUCCUCCUGUCAAAAAGAAGAGAAACCUCCCAGGAAACCCAGAUCCUGAGGCAGAAGUAAUAGCCUUGUCUCCAAAGACUCUGAUGGCCACCAACAGAUUCUUGUGUGAAAUAUGCGGUAAGGGAUUUCAGAGAGACCAAAACCUACAGCUGCACCGCCGCGGACACAACCUUCCAUGGAAGCUCAAGCAAAGAACAAGCAAAGAGCCGAGGAAGCGCGUCUACGUGUGCCCGGAAAAGACUUGUGUCCACCACCACGCGUCUAGGGCGCUCGGAGAUCUGACCGGAAUAAAGAAGCACUUCUGCCGCAAGCACGGCGAGAAGAAGUGGAAGUGUGAGAAAUGCUCCAAGCGCUACGCGGUGCAGUCGGAUUGGAAAGCUCACUCAAAGACCUGUGGCACCAGGGAGUACAAAUGUGACUGUGGAACUCUAUUUUCACGGCGUGAUAGCUUCAUCACACACCGAGCCUUCUGUGACGCCUUAGCUGAAGAAACAGCUAGAGUAAAUGCAGUAUCCAACAUCCACAACAACGCAAUGCCCAGCAAUAUCAAUUAUCAUCACUACAUGGGAAACAAUGCGUCGUCACUACUACUAGGACCUCCUAACAUGUCACAACUACAAUUUUCUUCUAUUUUCAAGCCAAUCUCGAGCAAUGAUACCCCCGACGCCAUGAGCCAAACAAGCCGGAGUCUAUCUCUCUGGAUGGGCCAAGGAUCUAACGGCACCCACGAAGAAAUGACUGCUAAUAAUCAUCAUCAUCAGCAUCAACUUGGGUCUGUGAGUUCAUCAGCUGGUUCAAUAUUUGGUGAUCCUAAUAAUAUUAGUGUUUCGUGUUCAGAACCUCCUCCGCCUUCUGAUCAUUAUCAACUGAAUUGGGUUCUUGGAAGUAAUAACAAGCUUUCUCCAUCGAACAAUGCUCAUCAUCAAGAUCAGUUAACAAUCACAAGCAUGAGCAGUGCUGCUAACUCACUUCCUUCUAUGUACACACAUCAAAUGCCUUCAGCAAACAUGUCAGCUACGGCUUUGUUACAAAAGGCAGCCCAAAUUGGGGCAACUUCAACUGACAAGACAUCACUGCUUGGAAGUUUUGGAUUGAAGAGCAACAACAACAAUAGUACCAGUAGCGCUAGUCAUCAAGCAGUGACUCAAGUUCAAGAUGGGAGCAAAGUCUGUGGACUCUACGGCACUGCGGAGGACCAAGGUGCUCAUGAUCAUCAUCUACUGCAACACAUGCAUCAAGCGAAACGCCGCCACAUACAGAGCGAAGAGGGCGCCGGAGGAGGGCAGACAAGGGAUUUCCUUGGUGUUGGCGUGCAGACCAUUUGCCACUCUUCACCAAUCAAUGGAUAUUGGCGGGUUUGAGGAUCUAUCGUAUGGAGAAUGAUCGAGUUGCAAUAUUUUUCUUUUUUCUUUUCAGAAUGGAAGGGCAAAGUUGUAAUAAAGAGAAGUUGCACGAAGAAGCUGGAGAGAUUUAAGUAUUUGGAAAGGGUUGCAGGGAUGGAAAGGUGGGCAUUGAGUGCUGAAUGGGGGGUGCUAAAAGUUUGUUUGUGCAUAUAGGAAAGAAAACUAUUGAAGAAGAGAUGAGCAGUAGAAGAGAAGGACGGAGCUAGAUCCAUGCAUAUUCUCUUGAUGAACCCUGAAAGCUGAUAUAUCCCUGCUGCUUUAUAAAAAUGGUGGCCGGUAGGCUUUUUAUUUUACAGAAAAAGGGAAGUGGUGUAGUGGGAGCUGCAAAGCAACAACCUCUUUUG